AUGAGACGUCUACAAAAGGAUGAGGCGUACUCAGCCCUCUACAACGCCUUCAUCAACGAGUAUCAACAGUUGAAUCACCUUCAACAAGCACCAGAGACUCCAGAACCAUCCCCAGCCUAUUAUCUACCGCACCAUGGGGUUCUGAGAGUCGAUGCAGUCACCACAAAACUGAGAGUCGUAUUCAACGGCUCCAGUGCAAGCUCAACAGGAAUAUCGUUAAAUGACAUUCUCUAUCCCGGAGAAAAACUACAAGUGGAUGCAGUCAACGUCCUCACAUGGGUGAGGAAACACCAGUUCGUUUUUGGGACGGAUAUCGUGAAGAUGUUCCGCCAAAUUCGAGUUCAUCAUGACGAUUGGGAUCUUCAACGAAUUUUGUGGCUCAACGAGGAGAAUCAACAAAUCACAUUUCAACUCACCACAGUCACCUAUGGGCUCAACUGUUCACCAUGGAUAUCUUUAAGAGUCCUUCAACAACUGGGAGAGGAUGAAGGUCACCGCUUCCCAGCAGCAGUAGAGACAGUUAAAAAGGGUCGCUACGUCGACGAUUUUUAUGGAGGUGCCGACUCCAUCAAUCAACUAAAAGAAAUCGCUACUCAACUACAAGGACUUUGCGAAGCCGGUGACUUCCCACUCCAAAAAUGGAGCAGCAUCUCACCAGAAGCCCUUCAACAAUUAGGCCUCUCACCACAGAACUCAACAGUGCACUUCGAAGAAGCAAUCACCAAGGUCCUAGGCCUUUGCUGGCAGCAAUCAACAGACACCUUCAACUAUAAGGCCAAGACCUUCACUUCAACAACGUUCACCAAGAGAUCAGUGCUAUCAUAG